AUGUCCCCACGAGGUGAUGAAGCUCCGGGCCACGGGAGGACGGGCUUCCUGUCUAAAGGCGCAGCACUGCCAGACUACAAGCUGCUAAAACAGAAUAUGAACUUGAACUUCUCCGAAUCCUAUCGGAACUCAAACUUCAAGACGCAAAACGGAGAUUUCUAUUCUUCUGGAGACGUGGGCUCUCUGAAACUUGCGUCGCCUGAACUAGAGAGACUAAUCAUCCAGAACAGCAACGGGGUCAUCACUACAACGCCGACCCCCGCGCAGUUCAUCUACAACCGCGGCAUCACUGAGGAGCAGGAGGGCUUCGCAGACGGCUUUGUGAAGGCUCUGGACGACCUGCACAAGAUGAACCACAUGGCGCCUCCAAAUGUGUCUCUUUCAGGUGGUGUGUCCUGUGUGUCCAUGCAGCCAGAACCACUGGAGUACACCACUUUGAACAGCUGCACGGGUCUGUCCUCUGCGCCUAGUUAUCCGUCCACCACCAUCAGCUACCUGCCCCAUCAUCACCAGUACCAGCACCAAGCUGCUGCGCACGGGUCCCAUCACUUCCAGCAGCCGCUCCACGCGCAGCGCUUCUGUGGGCUGAAAGAGGAGCCCCAAACUGUACCAGACAUGCACAGCAGCGACAGCUCUCCACCCAUGUCUCCUAUUGAUCUGGAGAACCAGGAGCGUAUCAAAGCAGAGCGUAAGCGCUUGAGGAACCGACUAGCAGCCUCCAAAUGUCGGAGACGAAAACUAGAGCGCAUAGCUCGUCUGGAGGAAAAAGUCAAAGUCCUAAAAACUGACAACGCUGGACUGUCAAAUACCGCAUCUGUCCUGCGCGAUCAGGUGGCACAACUCAAACAGAAAGUUAUGACGCACGUGACCAGUGGCUGUCAACUUCUUCUGGCGCCUAAAGUGAAGUCUUAUUAA